AUGGAGCUGACGUCUGGCAAGCCAGCACUACUGAAAGAGACCAUCGGAGUGUGCCUUUCCAGGAUUGUCCAUGAGUACUCCGAUCGACCUGCCGUCAAAGUCGGAGCGCUUCGUUUGACGUACCGCGACCUUGAUGACCGAACUGAUGAGGUUGUCAAGGCGUUGUACAAGCUUGGUCUGUCAUCUGGCGAUGUCGUCGCAACGACACUUAGCAUGAACAUCAAUCACUUGCUUAUCAUCUACGCGUGCUUCAAGUCUGGGAUUGUCUUGGCGCCUUUAAAUCCUGGGUACAGUUCAACUCAGGUCGUGGCUGCCUUGCAGCACGUGAAGGCGCGCUGUUGGUUCGUCGGCCAUACCAUCGCGAUUCCCUACAAGCAACCACUCUCCACACAGCCCCUGCGAGAUGCCGUGUAUGCGGCGCAGUCUGUCGACAAUGCUUUGCUGUGCAAGGUUGUCGUUGUCAAUGCUACGUCUCCGACAGACUUCCGCGAGCGAUGCUGGGAGUUCCAGACCUUGCUGCGAUCCGCUGCGGACCAGGCGAUCGAGCGCAACUUGAGUCUCGAAGCGGACUCAACAGCAACUCUGCUUUUCACCUCCGGCACCACCUCAUCACCCAAGGCUGUUGUGCUGUCACACCACAAUAUCUUGAAUAACGCCAACGUGUGCUCGCACCUCUGGGGCACAACCUCCGAAGACGUCUACAUCUCCACAAUGCCCCUGUACCACUGUGGAGGCAUUGUUUUGGUCCUGCUAGCCGCAAUGACUCAUGGUGCAAUGAUCAGCAUGCCAUGCGAGGCGUUUGAUGCUCUUGCCCUGCUUCGCGCGAUCAGGGAAGACCGCUGCACAAUCUUGUCCGGUGUGCCGACGAUGUACAUGGCUUGGCUUGACCUACUGUCCUUGCCUGAGUUUGCCAACCACGACUUCUCUCACAUUCGUUCCGGCUUCAUUGGUGCUUCUCCAAUCCUGCCCUCGCUUCGCGAAACGCUCAACCAGCGCCUACACCUCCACGGUGUCGGCAAUGCCUAUGGGAUGACGGAGAGCAGUCCGGUUGCAACAAUAGCCCUUGCCUCCCACCCUGAGGAGAAGAAGUGCUCAACGGUAGGGUAUACUAUACCCCACCAGUCAGUGCGUAUUGCAGCCCGAGACAACCCUCAUCGUACGCUGGAAGUAGGCGAGAGGGGUGAGAUCCUCAUUGCCGGCAUGGUGAUGAGAGGAUAUCUCGACAACCAGAAGAAGACGGACGAAGCGAUCGUUGAAACCGUCGCUGAAGAUGGUACAAUGACUCGCUGGAUGCGAAGCGGUGACGAGGGUAUGAUGGAUGCAGAUGGCUUCGUCUCCGUUACUGGACGGAUCAAGGAGGAGAUCGAGGACGUUAUGAUGCAGUGUGCCGCCGUCAAGUCGGUCUCGGUCGUCGGCCUGAAAGACGAGCGCUAUGGCGAAGUCGUUGGCGCUUUUGUUAUUCCGCGACCCAAUGUCACCGUCUCGCAAAGCAACGAUUCCAACAGCGGCGAGGUCGAUCUUAGACUAAGUGCUAGUGCUGCACUGUCCGAAGCGGACACAAGCCAAGAGCUGACUGCAUCGCAAUUACGAGAUGUUGUGAGGGCGAAGCUUGCCAAACACAUGGUUCCGAAGCACAUCUUCUGGGUCGACGAGCUGCCCAUGACUUUGACCGGUAAGAUCGAGAAGCACAAGCUGCGCGACUGUGGCAACUCGCUCGUAGCACCAACCCAAGCGACGGCCGUGGAAGUGCAGGCGGAGCUCGUAGAGGAGCCGGACUCGGCGUGCGAAGGACUGGAAGGGUUCCGGAGAGCCGUGCAUCGUGGAGCGUGA